UUUCUUGCUCCCUCCACCGCCAUCUAACGCAAACGUUCAACCCAUAUCCUGGCUUAUAACUAGUCUUUCCUUCCUUACCACCAAUCAUCGUUAAGAUGCGCCGUUUGCUCAUUGCGUCUCUCGUGGCAGGCCUCGCAAGCGUUUCAGCCCAUAGUCAUCAUGGCAAUGAAGGCAUUAAGCUUCGCAAGUCGCUAGGCUUUGGACCUUCCCUACCGCAUGCAGUCUAUCGGUCUGUUCCGAAAGACACCUCCUCCUUUGUACCGCCGAACGUGGAUGCUGAUCCAUUCGACGUCGCACGACUCUUCAUUGAGUCGAAAUUGGGCUCGUCUUGGGCUCCAGGAAGCUCAUAUAGGAUACGCUCAGAUUCAUACACCGAUAGCACUACUGGUACAACGUACGUGUACGCACGCCAAAUGGUAUACGGCCUAGAAGUCGCAGAUGGCAACAUGAACAUUAACGUUAGAGACGGCAGGGUCAUUUCGUACGGGAGCUCGUUCCAUGUCGGGUCAACGGAACUACUUGAAGACGACGAAUUGCGACAUCCCCAUCGCGAGUUCUGCGGGGAGUUGACAACGCAGCUGGAGAACAGCUACGCUGAAUUCUUGCAGCUUCAACUCCAGAAUGACCAGGUCGUCAUGGGCUCGUCUCACGAAGCUGCAUUUGAUGAACACGCUGGCGUUUUGACCCAUCUCCAUUUCUCUAACUGUCUGCACCAUGAGCUUCCUUACGACCUGGCUUCAAUCAAGCCCGCCACCGACGUUUCAGACCCUCGCUCAGCUCUCCUCCAAUUUAUGGUUGCUGCUACUCCUAAUCAUAAGGCUGUCAAUGAUAUCCUUGGCAACUACGAACAAUACUUGGACAAGAUGACGCUCAGCGACUUGAGCCACCUCGUUCCGGUAGAUGAACCCUCGACUCUGUUCAUUCAAGAGGUUCCUGAAAGCGUGAACCCAGUCAAAGCCCAUCUUGCCUACGUCCAAGUUCCCAGCAAGGACGGUCAAUCUGUUGACUUGAAUCUCGUCUGGAAGUUCGAAGUCGAAAUGGAGGAUAACUGGUAUGAAGUCGCAGUGGCGGCAAAGGCACCUCAUCGAAUAAUUUCCGUCGUUGACUGGGCCUCCGACUCUCCUCUGCCCCCUCGUAAAGAACAACCGCCUGCUACCUACAAUGUCUUUGCUUGGGGUAUCAAUGAUCCCUCCGAGGGCAGCCGUACGGUGAUGAAGGAGAACUUUGAUUCUUUGGCUUCCCCUAUUGGCUGGCACGCGCUGCCUUUUGGGGUUGACCCAUCCAUAACGGGUGUCAAGCCCGGCAAGGAGUUCCUUCGGAAAACAUCGACUACAUGGGGUAACAACGUCUUCGCUCAAGAGAAUUGGGGAGGUGACAAUAAGUACAUCAACAACUAUCGACCAGAAGCCAACCAAGGCCUUGCAUUCGACUUCAAAUAUAACCCUAAGAAGACAGAUACGGAGGAUGCGUUGGAAGAAGCUAAGGCUUACAUCAAUGCAACUGUUACGCAAUUGUUCUACACAUCCAACAUGGUCCAUGACCUCUACUACAGAUAUGGUUUCACCGAAGUCGCUGGAAAUUUCCAGCAGUACAACUUCGAUAGAGGAGGUCGUGAAGGCGACGCGGUCAUUGCCAACGCACAAGAUGGUUCUGGAUACAACAAUGCCAACUUUAUGACACCUCCCGACGGCACCAAUGGUCGUAUGAGAAUGUACCUCUGGAACACUGCAGUACCUUACAGAGAUGGUGAUCUGGAGGCUGGCAUCGUCAUUCACGAGUUGUCCCACGGCUUAAGUACACGCUUGACUGGUGGACCGAUGAACUCUGGCUGCCUUGGCUGGGGUGAAAGUGGAGGUAUGGGUGAAGGUUGGGGAGACUUCCUUGCGACGACCAUUCGCAGUACUGAGGAGUACCGUGACUAUCCCAUGGGUUCCUGGGCAGCGAACAGGGAGAACGGAAUCAGGAACUACCCCUACUCGUUGAACGCAACCAUCAACCCGUCCACGUAUAAAACUCUUGACAAACCCGGAUACUGGGGAGUUCAUGCUAUUGGUGAAGUUUGGGCACAGAUGCUCUGGCUCGUUCAACAGCGCCUCAUCGCCGAACAUGGAUUCUCUAAGGAGCUCUUCCCUCCCAAACCCUCUGAGGACGGCAAGGUACCGGACGGCGACUUCUAUAGACCUCAUGACGGCAAGAAGCCUCCCGUACCUAAACACGGAAACACGCUUUCUGUACAGCUCGUCAUCAACGGAAUGAAGUUGCAACCUUGUCAACCGUCGUUCUUUGACGCUCGUGAUGCUAUCAUCUUGGCCGAUGAACAGCUUACUGACGGAGAGAACUUCUGUACUCUCUGGAAAGGCUUCGCGCAGGGGGGAUUGGGUGUUGAUGCAAAGGUGCAGGGACGAACACCCUGGGGAGGAGGGAUCAGGACGAAUGGCCAUGCUGUUCCCAAGUCUUGCUAUGCUUGACUCCACUUCAGUUUGUUAGAUCCACUCCAAACAUGAUAUCUUAACACUCGAAUACAUCUUGUUUAUCCUCACGGACACGAUCACGAUUUUGUCUCAUUCGUUUUGUACCAUCAUUUAGUCUACGAGCCUUGAUUGAUACCGGAAUAUAAUGCUUUGCGCAAGCAAAGACUUUGCCGAUA